GUGGCUGCAGAUUCCCCUUGGCCGUGAGAACCGGCUCCUGUGGCUCUGUGCAGCUGAUAGGUGCCACGAACCUUGGCAGAGCGGGGGCUGUGCAGUACAGCGAUGUCCAGGGCACACAGCCAUCUCUGCUUCAGCUUCUGGGCCUUGAGAGCAGUGAAGUGUCUCAGUGGAUUUGAUGCAUGACCUUGAGAAAGGAGAGGGAGAAGUAAGCAUGUCCCUGCCUGCUCCACGCAGGCGUCCCCAUCCUGUGUGAAGGGGACACCGUUAUGCUGUGAUGGAGGAAGUAGCUGGAUUUGAUUUCACUGACUCAGCUGUGAACUUCCCCUUGUUCCUGAAGCCCAGCGUGGUGGAACAGCGUCUGAUGCCAGCCUCAUGCUGUCCUGGGACCUGCAACCAGGAGCAGAUCUGUUCCUGUUCCCCACCGUGCUGGGAUGAAGGCUAAGCUGCCUGGGAGGGGGAGUUGCAGGCCAUGGCUCUGGUGGCAACUUCUGCAAGCAUGAAGGAAGUUAUGCUCACUCCACCAGCCCCUCAGGAGACGAGGAGGCAGCUGGGCAAGCCCUGUGCUUGCAGGAUAACCCAGAGCCGUCCUGGCCUGCAAGGUACUACCUGCGUCCUCCUGUCCUUCCCUUUCAUCUUUAACCCCUGCCUGGGCUGCAAGGAGAACACGCCACAGUGGGCAGCCUUUAUCUACUACCUCCCCUUCAUCGUAAUCUUCCAGUUCGGCUGGGCAGCCACACAGAUCUCCCACUUGUCCCUCAUCCCUGAGCUGGUGACUAAUGACCAUGAGAAGGUGGAGCUCACAGCCUUCAGGUAUGCCUUCACCGUCAUGGCCAAUAUCACUGUGUAUGGCCUGGCCUGGCUUCUGCUGAACCUGCAGGUGGAGCAGCCUGAGCGCAUGGAGCACCUGGGCAUUCAGGAUGUCCCUGUAUUUCGGAACCUGUCCCUCAUUGUGGUGGGCUUGGGUGCUGUGUUCUCCCUCAUCUUCCACCUGGGCACCAAAGAAAAGCCAUACCCUCUGGGUGUGCUGCCCCAGCCUGAGGAGAGUACACCCCUGCUGCACAAGGAGCCUGCAAGCUCUCCACGUCCGCUGCUGCUCUGGAAACACUGGCUGCUGGAGCCUGCUUUCUACCAGGUGGCAGUGCUCUACAUGGCCACCCGGCUCAUUGUCAACCUGUCCCAGACCUACAUUGCCAUGUACCUGACCAACUCGCUGCUGCUGCCCAAGAAAUACAUUGCCACCAUUCCCUUGAUGAUGUACGUCAGUGGCUUCUUGUCCUCCUUCCUCAUGAAGCCUGUGAAUAAGUGGAUAGGCCGAAAUCUGACCUACUUUGUGGGCAUCCUGGUGAUCUUGGCCUUUGCCUCCUGGGUGACCCUGACCAGGCAGAUGGGAGUGGAGAUCUACGCUGCGGCCAUGCUGCUUGGAGCUGGCUCUGCCACCAUCCUGGUCACAUCCCUCUCCAUGACAGCUGACCUCAUUGGGACCAAUACGCACAGCGGUGCAUUCGUCUACGGGGCCAUGAGCUUCACGGACAAGAUGGCCAACGGACUGGCUGUGAUGGCAAUCCAGAACCUGCAUCCAUGCCCGACUGAGCUCUGCUGUCCUGCCUGCAUCAGCUUCUACCACUGGGUGAUGGUGGUGGUCACUGGGGGGAUUGCCAUGGCUGCCACGCUGUGUCUGUGCUGCAUCAUGAUCUGGCCCAUCCGAGUCCGCUUCCAUGAUGUCUCCCUCCUGGGGCUGAAUGGAGGAGGGACCCAGCCGAGUGAGACAGAAAGCACAGAGGGAAGGAGCCGGAGCAACACGGUCAACUGAGCUGGGCACGUGUCCCUGGCUGUGGUGAUGUCCAUGCUGCCGAGCUCUGCCUGGAGGGACCCUGACAGAAGGGGCUGGCACCAGGACUGGGGAGCUGGGCUCAGGUGGGAUCCAGCCAUUGCCCUGCCUCUCCGUCACUUUGCACAGGACUUGCCACCCCACGUUCUCCUUGGGGACUUGCUGAAGGAUGUCUCUGUUUGCACAAGUAUAACACUAGAAGGCCUGGGGCCGGGCUGCGGGGCUCAGCCCUGGCCCUGUGGGACAGGCGUGCCCGGCCCUUGGUUUUAACAGCUUUUGUAAGGUCAGUGUCUAUAUAUAGCACUUUUUUAAAGGAGGAGG